AAGGCCAUACAGUGAGGCAGAACGCAAUGUGCUGGCUGUGCAUUUGCUUGAUCAGACACAGAGUGAAGCUCCCUCCACAUCGUCCCAUCACGUAUUCCCAGGGUCAGACACAGAGAGGAGCUGUGCUGACUGAGCUGGGAGAAAUCGAAGGAAAACUACUGGAUAAAGUUCGUGGAAUACUUUGGAGGUGGCUCUAAAAGUCUCUUGGACAACUGAGUGAGUGACGGCGUUGGCGUGGAAGCUCGGUGUGGAGUUUUUGCUGCCGGUUUGGACUGGGUUUGUUGGCGGCUGCUUACUGCGUAGCUCCCAGCUGCGGCCGCUGGCAACUCGCCAGUAAGCCGGUUCGCUCCAAAACCGGAGGCAAACGCCGUCGUUUUCCCCCCAUUGACAUCGGGGCAACGUUCCUCCUCCAUUGUUUUCCUGAUUUUUCGUCCGGUGUCGGUGCCGGUGCCGGAGCAUCUGGAAGGACGUUUCGGCCUCUCCCGGCCUGGGUCUCUGCAAGUCCGACGGAGCCUUUCCUGGCGCCGAGCCAGCGAGGAACUGUCGACUGCAAACUUUCCCGGCCAGUUAUUCGACUCGCUCCAGGACUUGUAACUGGCACCGCCGCAAAAUUCUCGGACUGGAAAGAGCGCCAGCAUGCCGGACCGGUCUCCAGGGAGUCGCGGGCCUUCGGGGAGUUACGCAAGGGCGGCUGCCUCCCCGGCCUCGGACAACGCCCUGUUUCGGUCGGUGAAGGUGGAACGUGGGGUGCAAUGUAUUUUGCGCCCUGGAAUGACACUAGAAAAGUGUACGGAGGCAAUGGAGGACCUUGUGGGGAAAGGUGGUAUUCUGGCCACCGAGGAGGAGUUCGGAAAGGCGGUGUUCUAUCUGGUGAAUGAAGAGCUAGUGCACCGGGCCCUAAGCAGGGGAGUCACGGUGGACAACAUCUUUUUACCUAUGGAGCUGGUGACGGCCCCCACGCAACGUAUCGUGCUUGGGCAUGUUAAGCCUUUCAUUCCAAAUGAGGACUUGCUUCCCCCACUGGCCCGUUUAGGGCAAGUAAGGUCGGAGAUCACUGCCAUCCGACACAAAUUUAAGAGACGCACCCUCCGCACCUUAAUCUCUUUCCGGCGUCAGGUUUUCAUGCAGCUGGAAAGGGAGGACGAUGUUGAGGGCCGCUUUACUGUCCGGCACGAGGGAGUAGAUUAUCAGGUGUACUGGAGCUCCGAGCGCCCACGGUGCCAUGCGUGCAGGGAGGUGGGGCACUUUCGGAGGGACUGUCCUGCCGCCCGGAACCCGAGGGAGCCCACUUCGGGCACCAGUGCCGCAGCUACCUCUGCCCCUGAUCCUACUCCUGCGCGUGCGCCUGCACCUGCAUCUGACCCUGCCCCCGCCCGUGAUCCUGCCCCAGCCCCUCACCCUGCCCCUACCCCUGUCCCUACUUCUACGGUUGGGUCGGUCCCUGCUCCUCUCCCUGUAGUUCAGGUGGGGGACGGGGUGGAGUCUGUGCGGAGUAAGAAGGCAAAGGGGAAAUCCAAACAUAGUAAGAAGCGGGCCUUUGAGGCCGCAGAGCUCACACCCAUUUCGUCUGAAGUGGAGCGUGGGGCUCGGGGAGGUGCGCAAGCAGACGGGGCGAUGGAAACAGAAGGCGCCGCCCCAUCGGUGAAGCCUGCACCUGUGUGCUCCUCCAGCGUGAAGAGGAGAAGGGAACGUUCCCGCAAGAGGGCAGGGGAUGUAGAUGCGGGGGAGUCCCAGGAAGGGGUGGGAAUCCGGGUAGGGGUUGGUUCUAAACCUGAGUCCUCAGAUGUAGCCACCAGUCCUGCGGUAGAUGGUGUGGUUGUGCAAAAAGCUUGUGAUAGGCCUGUUUGCACAAAUGAGGCAGCCCUGGAGGCCUCCACCCAGGACCUACAAGUCAGCGCCUCUCUGGAGGCCAGUGUACCGAAUAGUGUAAGAGGAGACGAGGCAAAGCUCUCUCAUUCUCAGCACCAGGCGGCUUAUGAAUCCCUUGGACCAAAGGUGCCGGGUUCCCCUCUAUGCCUGCCCCCUAGGGAGGACGAUAUUCUGUGCACAUCGACCCCAGCAAUAAAUGACUUGCAGGGAGUCCCUGGGGAUUGUCUCUCCGCUGUCGCAAAUGUGGAUGAGGCUGAUGCGACGGUGGAGCAGGCAGGCUCGACUGGAGAACGGAUCUGCCUGGCAGGUGACAGCGCAGGCGGGAACCUGUGCAUCACUGUCUGCAUGCAGGCUGCUUCGUACGGCGUCCGACUGCCGGACGGCAUUAUGGCUGCCUACCCAGCCACCCUGCUCCAGGCCACUGCCUCGCCGUCCCGUCUCCUCACCUUCAUCGAUCCGCUGCUGCCUCUUAGCGUCCUCUCCAAGUGCCUCAGUGCCUAUGCAGGUCUGGAGCCGGCAGCCAACUCCUCGUCCUCCUCAUCCUCCUGCACUUCGUGCACCCCGGAUAAAGUAGACCCCCUCAGCGCAGUACGCAACGACACAGCCAUGAUCCUGAGGGAGAUACGCCUGGGGGCUUCAGCCUGGAUCAACUCCCUGCUCGAGACCCGCAGGGUGGGCGGCAGACCUGUGGCGCUGCAGUGGUGGGCUUGCCUCAGGCGACCUCUGAACCUCUUGGUACUUCUGCUACGUCUCAAGAGGCCUGUGGUAUCUAACUGUCUAGCUUCUGACGCUCUGAGGAAGAGCUGCUCGGAGGCUGCACUCAGCAGACCGUGCACCAGUGGCUCCCUGCUGGACUCCCAGCAUGACUACGUGAUGAGCAGGACCUGCGAGGAGGAGUCCAGCCCCUCCUCCAGCGAGGGGGAGCUGGCGGCCGGAGUGGUCGACGGGAGCAGUGGGGCAGGGCCAGACCUCAAGCUGGGUGCCGAGGACGAGGAGGAGGAGUGGACCACCGGGGCAUCCAAGUUCCCCAAGGGCUUCCAGCCUCUACGCAGUGGCUCAGGGAACAUUGAAUUGCGUACGUCUGCCAUUGAGAGCAACCCCUUCAUGUCCCCUCUGCUGGCCCCUGACCACAUGUUGAAGGGACUGCCACCUGUACACCUCGUGGCCUGUGCACUGGACCCGAUGCUGGAUGACGCGGUGAUGUUCGCCCGGCGGCUGCGGGCGGUGGGGCAGCCGGUGUCCCUGCGAGUAAUAGAUGACCUGCCACACGGUUUCCUCAGUCUGGCCCCGCUCUGCCGGGAAACCAGGGACGCCUCCCGACUCUGCGUGGAGAAGAUACGCGAGGUCUUGCAGGACCAAAGCCGACCCCCAGGUCACGAAGCCGAUCGACUGAGAGAUGGGGCUUUGGAAGAUAGAUAACCCUUCCCCUUCGGCUCAUCAGCGUGGACCCUACCCCCAGGUGCAGGCGACUGUGAACAGCCGAGAGACGGAGAUGCGCCUCGCGUCCCGGGGUGCCAAUGCUCGCACGGAGGCGGGUUUCGACCUCUCCCGAGCUCCGGCCGCUGGGCGCUCCUGUUCGUGAAUCGCUGUCGAAUUCUUCUGAGACACUGGAGAGAGACUGUGAAUGCAGGAAAUCUGGAGCAACACCGAUACAUAUACACACACACACACACAGUCCUGCAUUACCUCUGCGGGCCAGGCAGCGUCUGUGGAGGGAACAUGGAUAGGCGACGUUUCGGGUUGAGACCCUAACUCGGGACUGUGUUGCUCGGUUCCUGAAUAAAGUGGGAUGGGGUUGGGAGCGUGCUGGAAAUGCGCUCGGUCCAAAGUACCAGACCCUUCCCUGCGCUCUACAGCGGGGCAGUGACACACUAAUUCAUUGAGUCCCUGCUUGACCUCCCUACCUGAGACGGGGGGAAAGGGAGUGGGCAUGCGGUUAACCCCGGACUAACGCGGGCCGCUGCUAUCGGAUACAAGUCCGUGGUUCUGUGUGUCUGUGAAUGUAGCUGUGGCGGUUCGUCUGUGUACGCCCAUCCUGCUGCGUUUGGGCUUCACACCUCUGUCUAAUGGUCUGUAUGUGUGUGUCAGUCUGUGGUUCUGUUUGGGUGGACACGUGCGAGUAAGCGUUUGUCUGUUUCUGUCUGGCUCCGCAUUUAACUGAGUGCACUCGCUUGUGUGCGACUGUAUUUGCACCUGUGAAUCUCUUGUCAUUUGACCGAGUCUGUGUUUGUCUGUUUGCGAGCCUGUCUGUACUUCAGUCUGUGUUUGUCUGUGCAUAUCGGCGUUUUACUGAGUUCAUGUUUGCCUGCACUUCAUUGCGGUUCUGUGUGCCAGUGUUUCAUUGUGUGUGUGUAAGCCCGUGUACGUAAUUGUGUUUUAAGAUCAUAAGAGAUGGGAGCAGAAUUAGGCCAUUCAGCCCAUCGAGUCUACUUGCUUUUGAACGCUCGAUUCCACGUGGGUGUUUCUCUGUUCACGAGCAACAGUUAGGUCGGUCGGUCUCUCUCUCUCUCUCUUUCGCGCACACACACACACACACACACUCACUAUCUCUCUCUCUCUCUCACACACACACAGUAUGGAGGUAUCCUCUUCUAGGCAUGGUUUGUUUUCACGUCGUCCCCCCCCCCCCCCCGGAGCUCACUUUCAUGCUGUAUGGGUUCCAGUAGACGCCUGAUUCAGCGUUUCUCCUGAUGUCUGCGAACGUCACUCUGUGAAUGUAGGGAUCUGACACUCACGCUGCUUUUUUUACGUGUGAGUUCGUCUGGGGGGGCAUGAACUUCCGCACGUGUUUAUCUGUGGAGUUCUUGUCUAUGUGUCUGUGAGCAUUGGCGUUGCAUACUGAUUAUUGGGGACUUGUAUAAAGUUGAAACAAUUUUGUUUGUAAUACUUCUGACUUUGAACAUUCUGUGCUGCCUGAAGCCUCUCCCUGUUGAUGUAUGUGUCUCCUCUCCCACCUCCACCUUGUGUGUGGUGUGGAGUUUGCAUGUUCUCCCUACGAACACAUGAGUUCCCCCGGGUGCUCCCUCCCAUACUCAACGAUGGUCUGAGUUUACUGGCAUCCCCUGCGCACCUGAGACCCGGGAUACCCAGACCUCGGUAUAGGGAUAUCCCACCAACUCCCCUCUCCCGCCCAUUGCACCGGCAGGAUAAAGCGGAUCGGGUCUCCUAUCUCUGAUGACGCUGAGACCCCCGGUCGAUCUCCGCUGGGCAGGGAAACGUCUCCCGCCCAACACCACAUUCCGAAUCGGGCGCUCCCUCCCAAUCCGUAACGGGGUGGAGGGUGGGGCGAGGUUUCGCGGGGCGGGAAGAGGGAAAACCUCGGGAGCUCGGCGGAGGAAUUCGACCGCCUUUGCAUCUGGCUCCUAGGAAUCUUAGAGUGGAGGGAGCGGGUUAUCCAUUGAGAACUGGGGCUGCGCGCUCGGGGACCCGGCGGCGAAAGGAGAAUCCCACCCCCUUAAAAUUAAAAAAAAUAACUACCUCAGAGAUUCUCGCUUCAUCAUCAGCUCACUGCCUCCUCCCAGGUGAACACCCCAGAAGGUGGGAAAACGGGCCGGGGGCGUGGAAACAGGCCAGUGAAAAGCUGUGGUUGUAGGUUGAACAUUUGUACAUCAAAACGGUAGGGGAAGGAGGGAAGGCAUGAGGAGUAAAGGGAUAGAUUAAAUGGAUCAAGAUUUCGAAUGAAUGGAUGGCGGG